CCUGCAUUGGCAGGCAGAUUCUUAAGCACUGCACCACCAGGGAAGACCACAGAAGAGACCUUCUGAUCUAGCUUCAGUCCCCUGCCACUCUUUCCGAUAUCUUCCGCUUCCUGCCUCAGGGCCUUUACACUUGCUGUUCCCUCUGCCAGAGACACUCCCCGUGGCCGCCUCCACCCCGUCUUCCAGGGCUCAGUUAAAUGUUGCCUCGCCAGCCACCAGGGCUGAGGUCACCUCUCUGAAUCUUGACUCUCUACUCCCCUUCCUCCUCUACUCCUUUCAUAUAUAGGCUUUUAUCGCGCUCUGAAAUUAUCCAUUUUCUUGCCUAUCUCUUCUACCAGAGUGUAGGUUUCAUGGGGGCGGAGGCGGGGGAGGGGCGGAGAUUUUUGUUGACUGUCUUUCUGGCUGCUUCAUUGGUUCCCGCUGUAACGCCUGGCACAGAGUGCGUGCUUAGUAAACCCGGAUGAAUCAAUAGGUGAACGCUCAGCUCAUGUGCUGGGUGAUGCUGGGACCCAGAGGUGAGUCAUGCCGAGCUUUGCCCUCCCAGAGCUCCGGGGCUGGUGAGGGAGAGUGAGUGGACUCGGAUCUGUCCAGGUCUGCUGACCAGAGCUGUGACAGCAGAGAUGCCUGGGACCAGGAGAGGCCAGACAGAGUGUAGACGAGAGUGAAGGACUUGGAGAAGAGUCCCUAGACAAGGAACUCUUGAAGGAGGAGCAGGGGUUUAGCAGGUGGUGAAUAGCGUCUUAUCCAUCCACCCAUUCAUUCAUUCAUUGACUCAUUCAUCCAUUUCCCGGGGCCUGCUGUCCCGGGAAAUGCUGGGCACCUAGAACUGAGUCAGUCCUGAACCCUGCUCUCAGCAGGCCCCUCGUCUGAUGAGGGAGGCUGAUACGGACAGUCACAAUCCACGAUGAUUAGAUGGUGGUAGAGGGAGAUCCAGGGGCUGUGGAAGCUGCGAGGGGCUACUUGGUGCUUGUGGUGGCAGAGGGGAGAGGGCACCCAGAAAGAGCAGGAGUGGGGUCAUUCCCUUCCAUCCCAGGAUGCUGGAGAUGUGAGAGAACCUGGCCCACUCCGGGGAAAAUGCUGAGUCCGUGUCACCCUGACUCCUGCACGUUGCGGGUCCUCGCACAGCGAGUCUGAUCCAGCCGUAAGCCCCUUUUCAUAGACAAGGACAUCGAGUCUUAGAGAGAUUGGGUCGCUCACCCAGGGGAGCAGCCCAGCCAGCGUGCAGUGGCGGUGUGGCCAGAGGUGGGAGAGAUGAGGCUGGAGAUGUGCGCGUGGCAGGUGGCCCUGAGUGGCUUCAGCAAGUCUCUCCCUCUGGCCCUCCCCUCUGUGGCGUGUGCAGAGCCAGUCGGGGAAGGAUGGGCGCAGGAGAUUGGGACCGAGCCACCCGGGGCCAGAGUGAGGGGUUUGCGAGAUGGGAGGAACCAUCUGUUCCAACAGAAACCUUCUGUUUCCUUUCCCAGAAAGGUACAGCGGUGGGGGCUUCUCUUAUUUCUGGGGGUACAGCUGCUGCCGGCAGGGGCAUUCCUCUACUGGAACCACCACCGCCACGGCUGCGCCUCCUUCCUGUGCUUCCUCAUACAAGACAAGCCUGAGGAAGGGGAAGGGCUACUUUUUCUGGUUCAGGUCUCCUCUGUGGAAAUCCCUCACCAGGACGGGUACUCCAACCUCAGCCAGAUCCACCCUGUGGACAUCGGUGGGCCCUUGAAGAUGGUGAUGCCAGAGAACGUGACGAUGGAGCAGGUGGUGGAAAAGAACGCCCUGGUGGGGCUGGGAGGCCAAUACUGGCCACCUGACUGCUGGGCACAGCACCACAUGGCGGUAGUGGUGCCCUACUGCGGGCAAGCCCAGCACCUGCAGCACCUGCUCCUCCACCUGCGCGCCUUCCUGCAGCCCCAGCCACUGCAGUACGCCAUCUGUGUAGUGAACCAGGUGCGGAAGGAAUGGGGAGGGGCAGGGGCAAGAGAGCAGAGGGCUCUGCGCCUGGCCUUGGAGAGUCAGGGCUGCAGUUGCCAGUCUCUGAGCUGAGAGCGUCUGGGCCAGAGAGUAUCCAGGGGGUAGGAUUGAUGAGUCAAGAAGAACUUGCACUGGGGGAAACCAGAACCAAAGGCUAUAGGUUUGGUCUAGACUGGCUGAGUCUGGGAUCAGCUUGAAUAGCUGUCUACGGGAAGGGCUCAAUCCCAGUGAAUCUGGGUCUCUCUGAGACCAGGGCUGUUCAGAUUGGGCAGUUAACCUAAGGGGUAAAUUAAAGCACUGGGUUUGGGGUCUGUUAGGUGCCUGUUUGAGUCUUGGCCUUGUCCAUUUUAACCUGUGUGAUCUGAGGUGGGGACCGAUCAUCCAUCCAUCCAUCGAUCUAUUUAUCCAGCCAUUCAUUCAGCACACUGUUACUUAGUAUAACUAUGUAUGAACUUGGGGCAUUUAUGCUCUGUGCCACUGUUUUCUCAUUCAUGAGACAAAGAUUCAUUGAGUUAAUGAGUAUAAAGCAGUGAAGCCAAUGCCUGGCACACAGUAGGUGCUCAGUAAGUGACAGCGAUCAUGAUGGUGGCGAUCAUGAUGGUGGUGGCGGUGUUGAUGGUGGUGAUUAUGAUG